ACUGGUCGGUCCACUUCCUUUCCACUGCUUCCUGCACAACCUGCCAGUGGAAGCCAUGGGCAGAGCCCAAACCAAGCGCCACAAAAAAUCUCUCCAGAACAGCUUGACUUGCGCGUUCAUUCAUCCAUCUUCCAUGCCGGCCCUGUGGGGGCAGUGCUGAGGACACCAUGGUAACAGGGACGGCCCCAGCCUGGCGUCCUGGGGCUGCCAGUCCAGGGAUAAGACAGAGACAGCGAGGAGAGUAGCCAGCCCAGAAAGCAGAGAAAGUGCCUGCGUACCAAGGCAUCGUUCCUGCCUCCUGCUCCUUAUGCCUUUGGGGAGCCGGGCCCCGAAGGAGGCCACCAGAGCUGCCUGUGGUUUCCGGUGCUCCUGGUGGACCACUCCCUGCAGGGACUGUUCCAGUGGUCUCCCAAUAUGCCGCCCCUGGUGCUGAGCCCCAUCGGGGAGGGGGUCUGGGCUGUAUUUAAACACUGUUCCAUGUCCACUCAGGAUGAUUCUGACAAAGUCAUCGGCAGCAAGCUUGAUCAAGUGGAUGACUCUUCUGGCAGCCAUGUUAUCAAGGAUGACACCAAGCCCCACGUUCGAAUACGCAUCAGGAUAGGAAGCGAGUUUCAGGCCGAGAUCCCGGAGCUCCAGGAGCGCCCUACGGCCGAGACCGAUGAAUAUGGAGCUUCUCUGGUCUGGAAGCCAUCGGACGAUGUGUUGAGCAAUCCAGAAACACAGGAUAGAGUUACUGAGCUCUGCAAGAUGGCGUCCAGCGCGAUGCCAGGAGGGGGCACCAACCUGGAGCUCUCUCUGCACUGCCUGCACGAGGCCCAGGGCGACGUCCCGGUGAGCUGGAGGCAGGGGCGGGCUUGGCGGGUCCCUGGGAAGCCCCUGCUCUCCUGAGGCUGGGGAUCUGGUUCAUGUAAUGUGCCAUCUGCCGGCUUUGCGGCUCAUGAAAACUAAAGAAAGGCCACCCAUCCUUCUCCCCAGUGGCUGUGGGGUUGAUGUCGUUGUCAGUUGUAGGGCAAGUGUGCAGAUGGGGCCCAGUUAGUCAGUUAUUUACCUUGGGC